AACCGUCAAAGCUUUAGUGGAGACCGAAACCUUAGCCAGUGCACGAACGAUCUGCCACAUGCCGAGCGAGCUUUCCGACAACAACAAACAACAUCAACAUGGCCGCCUCGACAACAACAGCCAAGACAGCAACCAGCGAUGAUGAUUACGUGACGGUUGUGGAAGUCGACGAUCCCACAUCGUUCACCAAAGACUCGAGCCACUUGAAGACGCUAGUCAAGCGGCAAAGCUCCGUGGACCCUCACUCCGCCUCCUCAUUCAUCACAGUGCUGACCAUCAACGAGAUGGAGCUGCUCCAGCAGCGGCAGCAGAAAGAGCAGCAGCAGGAGGAGCAGCAGAGCCCCUCCCAGCAGAUAAGCACGGAGGGGGAAGACGUCACUGUCUACCGUCUGCCGGGGGAGCGCUUGGGCUUCGGCCUGAAGUUCCAGGGGGGCACAAGGAACACCGAACUGGUCCAGAAACUCUACAUACAAUCCUGCGCUGCUGAGAGUCCCGCCUCCAAGGUGGCCACCAGCUGGGGUCACCUGCGCGAGGGCGACGAGAUCGUGAGCAUCGAUGGACGUGAGGUCUGCCAGAUGACGCGGAUCGAUUGUGUGCGCUGCCUCAAGGACAGUGUGGCGAUCAAGCUGAUCGUGAGGAACGGUCACGGCCAGAAGCCGCCCAGCGAGGAGGAGCAACAGCAGCUGGAACAGCUCUCCAUCAUACUGAAUGCCCAGCCCCCGCCACCGCCGCCGGUGCCGCCGAGGAAGCUGGUGAAGCGCCAGAACUCCCGAGAGCCGCCCGCCCAACCCAGUCAGGUUCAGUUGGUGAUAGAGAAACCGCUAACCCCGCCGCCAGAUGCCGAGUACUACAUAAACCUCUUCGCCGAGUCCAUGAAGGCGGGCUCCGAGUCGGACGACACGGCCAGCACCAUAUCCACAGUCAUUGACAAGUUCUCGAUGGGGUCCAACUACUCCUCGGACACGGACGUCGCCAGCAGUCUCAAUGGCCAUGACCUGGCCAAGGUUCUGAAGCCGUUUACCCUCCUGGAGGAGGAGUUUCACCUGGAGCAGCCCCUGGGACACGGACACCCGACGCUGCUCAUACCCGGCAAUAACUAUGAAAAUGUGGAGUUCAAGACGGAGAAGGUGAACGUGUAUGAGAAUGUUGAGCUCAAGAGUCCGGAGGGCACGCCCACACCCAAGCCGCGGGUCCAGUUGGCCACAGUGGAGCCGAAGAAGAGAUCCAUUAUACCCAUGCCCCGCAAGAUGCCAGCGCCCAGUAAGCUGCCCAUUGAAGUGGCUCCGCCUAGGGUGCCCGCCGCAGAGUCACCUACGACCCCGACAAAUGAGAGUAGAGGUCUUCCCCAGUUGGAAUCCCCUAGGACACCCAGCAUUGAGGUCAGGGAGAUGCACCCGAGCUCUACCAAAAUACCGAAGGCCAAGUUUUCGCGAGCUAAAACCGAGGGGGAGAUCAAGCUGCAGAUGCCACCGCUCAAACAACAGUCGCCGCAGCAGCUCAAGUCCCGCAUUCCCGUAGUCACGACACCGACGCAAAGGUCCCCCCACAUGUCAAAGCACACCUCAUCUCCCUCCACGCCAGCCACGAGCUCCAGCAUUCCCCGACUGCUGCAAAAGCAGAAAUCCGAGACUGAUCUCAAGCUGAACCUGUACCGCAGCAAGUCGAAGGAGUCCAGCCCCGUCCUGACUCCAGGGCGACCGCCUCUCCAGAGAGCCUUCUCCGCAGAGGCUUCCACCAGGACACCCGAACGGACCCUCAUUCCCGUACUGCUCAAUGGCAGCGCCAAGACAAGCUCCCACUCGAACGCGAACUCCUUGGAGAGCAUAAGUUCCAAUUGCAGCAGCGGCAGCAAUGGACGCUCGCCCAAGGGACCCAAACCCAAGCCGCCAGAGCGGGUUCAGUCCCUCCAGAAGACACAGAUACCAAAGCUGCAGAUGCUGCCCACGACCCCGCCACAGCAGCAGCCAACGCUGAGCAUGCAGACCUUCAAACAAGGCGGCACAGGCACACCGCCAACCACGCCCAGGACAACACCAGUGGGCACACCUUCCCCCACCAACAACUGCGAGAUUCGCUUCAAGAUCCAGACCUACGAGAGCAAGACUCAGGAUGAGGACAAACUGCCGAGUCUCUUUGAUCUGGUGCACAAACAGGAGAAGUUGGAGACCUCCCCAGAAAACCAACGUGAUAUUACGGCCCUCCUGGCGGCCGUCGCGGCCGAGGCAGCCGAUCUCUCCAGAGAAUCUCCCCCGCCCCUGGUCGUUGGCAAGUGCAUGAAGAUCGUCGACGACAAUCAGAGCACCACUUGCUACUCCAGCUCCAGCGGCGAAGAUGAGGAUGACGACGAUGUCGAUGCCGAUGCCGAUGCCGCGGAGAGAGAGUACAUCUGUGAGGAUGGCGAAAAGCUGGGACCCCCCGAACUAAUCAAUGGUCCGGGACCAUCGGAGGCCUACUUCAAUAUGUUCUGGCACUCGAAUAUGCUGCCCACCAUUGGUGAGGUCGAGGAGGAGUUCUCAUCUCUGGAGCCGCAGUCGCUGACAAAUGGAACCAUUGUCAACCCGGAGGAGCUGAGAAAAUUGCAAGCAGCGACGUCCAACAUGGAGGCUAACGAUGGUGGACUGACCCAGCUGAGUCUGAAUGUCGAUAAGAUUACUGACCAUGACGCACAUGAUAAGAUCGCCCUGGCAGAGAGCCCUGUCGAGGAGAGUCUCAGUGCGUCCAUUCAAACCACAACGAAUCACGAGGAAACGAGCAGCAAGUCCUUCCAGGAGGAGAGCAGCUCCACCCAGGAAAGUAGCUCCGUUCAGGAGAGCAGCACCGUGAAGACCCAAAGGACCACAACGACCCGGGUGACUACCACCAAGACAAGCAGCAGCAGCAGCAGCAGCAGCAUCUCCUCCAGCAUCUCCAACCUUACUCCAGAGAUUGCAUUCAAGCUGCAGUCCUAUGAGGAGAGAGAGGAUGGCACAGCCCCACCCCUGGCGACAGCGACCACAACCAUCCACGAGGAACGGAGAGUCCUAAGCGAGGAGCAGACCCUCAGCGAACUGCGUACAAAGGAUGCCUUGACCGGGGAGGAGCAGCUGGUGACCAGCGCCGGAUCCAAGUCGAGCAGUGCCCGCUUCAAGAAGAUCAGCAGCAACGACAACCUGCUCGAGCUCGGAGACGGAGACGAGCAGCUGCAGCUGCAGCCGUUGACUGCCACCGUCUCGGCGGAGACGCGUCUGAGGGAGCGCCUGGAAGAUCCACAGGAUAAACAGAGUAUCGAGAGGGGUACCCUGACCUUAUCCGAAUGUGGCAAGCAGCUGCAGCUGUCCGAGAACGGAGGCAUGUCCACCUACACCGAAUGCGAGCAGACCGAACAGGAGUCCUACCUCGAGGGCCAGCAGACCCUCAGCGGGGGAGCUGUCAUCGCCAGCCCCUCGGAGGAGAAGGUCACUUUGGAGCGGGAGCUCAGUGAGACUCUGACGGUGACCAAGGAUGGCGAGAAGCAGGUGACCAAGAAGUUGGAGCAGAGCAAGGAAGCGGCAGGCAAGAAAGGGGCCAAGCUGCUCAAGAAAACGGAGGAGGAGCGACGCCUCGAAGAGGAGGCCCAGAAGCUAAUCGAGAGCUAUCAGAAGGUCAAGAAGGAGGCGGAGAAGCUCUACAACCUGGAGCAGGUUGAUGACCAGGAGGGCUUCGACCUGAGUGCCUUUGAACAGGUCGAGAGUCAGGAUGCAGAUGCAGGUGUCGAAAUUUCAGAAGAGGAGGUAGCUAAAGUCAUGGAACAGGACGAAGUUAAUGGGAAGGAAGAACAAGGAAAUCCUGUGAGGGAAUCCUUCAACGGAGAAGAGUCAAAAGUGAAAGUUAUAGAGGACGGAAUCCAGGCCAUGGAUGGAGAAAUCCAACUGAUCAAGAAGGACUUGAACAAAGAAGAAAAAGUCAUCUCACCUGCCCUCGAAGAUGACCUUGGCUAUCUCCUACACAAGCACAUCAUCGAAACACCUAAGCAACAGGACAGGACCAAUCCCACUUCAACCCCCACUCCCACUCCCACUCCCCUGCCCAAGCCUAAGCCGAAGCCUCCCGUGCCCACAAACAAGCCGAAGCUGUCGCCAACUCUGAUUAAGCCCAAGAGCGCGCCUCCACCAGUUCCCAGCAAGCGCAGUGAGCUGCCAGGAACAGGAACGGCAAGUGCCACUGGGAGUGGCUCUGGACCCAAGCCAAAGCCCACGCCCAGCCAGCGACGCAGCAGUCAGGAUGCGACGCCCCCAAAGCCAUUAGAGCGCAUCAUUUUGGGUGUGGAGCAGCAGCAGGGCGAGAGUCAACCAAUUAUCACCCUGGCCAGUGUCGAUUUACCGAAUGUGGCGCCCGCUGUUCAAACCCAGACCUCCACCAUUGACCCAAGUCCCGAGCUGCUGCUGGAUGACCUGCAUUUCGAGAGCCAUCAACUGCCCGACGAGGGGCGACUGCAGCAGGGAGAAGGAGAACAGCCAAAGGAGUCAAAUGGCCUGCUCAGCGGGCCCUCGUCGACAUCCUCAUCAGCGUCGUCGGUGGCCACGGCCACGGCCACCCCGAUAACAACACCAAUUUUGGUAUCUGCCACGUCAUCGAUGGAUUCGGUCCAGAGUGUCAUCGAGGUAAUCAAUGGCAAUGGCAAUGGCAAUGGCAGCCCUGCCACUGACAGUCGCAUCGACAACAGCCAUCGAACCGACGAUGAGGAUGGGGAUGAUGAUGAGGAUGAGGAUGACGAACCAGUGCCUGGACUGGCGGAAAUAAGUCCCGCUGAGGAUAUGUCAACGUUGUCGCUCAAUAGAGAACACGAAUCAGAUCUUGGUACCCUUAACAGCCACAACAACAUCAGCAGCAGCAGCAGCAGCAGCAACAUCCCAACGACAACGAUCAUCAAUCAGAAGAAGAAGACGCCAGCAGAAGCAGAAGCAGGUGCAGGUGCAGGAGCAGGCGCAGUAGGAACCGGAACUGGAACUAUAACGAAGGGCGCCAACAAAAUGGAGCUGCUGAGCAGCGCCUCAGCAACAGUAACAGCCACAGCCACACACAGCACAACCACAACGACAGCCACGCACCAACUGCAGGCGACAACAAAGCAGCUGGUGGGGCAGGAGUACCUGAGCUACGCCUCGCCGCCCACCUACUCCCGCCUGCCGCCCGACGGCCAUGAGUUCCCCCCGAACUUCAGCGAACCUCUGAUCAUGCAUCCAUCACACAUGCACCCACACCCACACACACACCCUGCGCUGCUCAAGGCCAAGGCAGAGCUCUCCUUCGAGCAUAACAACAACAACAACAACAACAACGGCAGCAGCAGCCAGGAGGAGGCGACCGGAGCACCGCCGCUGCCAAAAACGGGGCCACCGCCGACAGUGCCCAGGAAGGUGUACCGCCAGGAUCUGGUAAUAAACGUGGAGGAUGCCCGCUCCAGAGACGCCACAGAGACGAAGACGCCGCCCAGCCUGGGACGGGACUACCAGCGCUCUCUUAGUGCGAGCGCCCCGCGAAAGCCCAGUGACUGGCGCAAGGACGAGAAGUCGGAGAAGUCCGUGCGCGACAAGAUCGCCAUGUUCUCCUCCAACAACGAGCUGGACGCGAUUCCGGCAGCAACCCCGACCAUGACCAUGACCAUGCCGGCCGCUGUCUCCACCUUCUCGCGGAAGCCGCUGAACAGGAGCAGCGAGAACCUGCUGGACACCUGCUCCUCCACUCCGGCGCCCUCCCUGAAGACGCGCGCAAUGAGCGUGGAGAACCUGAACGACGUGCAGCGCCAGUACCAGCUGGCCAAGCAGCUGCCCCAGCUGCACGUGGCCGACUCCAUGUACUCGCUGCACACGCCCAAUCCCAGUCCCAGCCCCAAUCCCAGCUACAGUUACGCCUCCAAUUACGCCUCGCUGCCGCGCAGGACGCACGGCGGCUCCUACUCGGCCUCCGCCGCGGCGGUGGAGCGCAGGAUAAGCUUCUCCGGCGAGGGCGAGGCGGCCAACCGGAAGGCGGCCAUCACCAACAUCCUGGAGCAGCGCCGCCGCAGCUUGUCCAAGUUGAGGGGCCUAGUCAUCCCGGAGAGGCCGCAGCUGCUGGAGCCCAUCCUCGACCUCCCAGAGAUCAAGAGCCAGGUGAAGGCGGCCAGCGGGGAGGACAGCACCGACAGCGGCCUGGGCGAGACCCGCUCCCGCACCAAUGGAGGCCUCGCCAUAAACAGCAUAGGCAGCAGCGCCUACCGCAGCAUCUUCUCCACUGUCCAGCGGCGUCCGCUGGAGCAGCAGCUGUCCCAGCCGCCGGCCAAGCCGCCGCGCACCUCCCUGUGUGCCCCUCUGACACCCACCCCCACCAGCAUCACUGCCACUGUCCAUCCCAUCUGCAGGCUGAUGGCACCGCCUCCGGCGCUGCCCCCGCCCGACCAGGAGAGCGACACGGACUCGGUGUUCUCCAGCACGGCCCGGGUGGCGACGCCCCCCGAGAAGUUUGCCCUCACCCGAACCCUCAGCUCGGAGACAAACACUUCGAUAGCCAGCUCCAACACCUCCACCCUGACGUCGGGCUCCUCGGCGGGCUCCCAGGCCAGCUGCAGCUCCCUGGGCAGCACACCGGCUCUCGAUCUGACCCGGCGGGUGCUCAAGAGCCAGGUGAACGGUAGCGGCAGCGGCGACCCAGUGGCCCUCUCAAACAGGAAGAGCAUCCUGGCCUCGGCCAAGUGCCGGAACGCGAAGAACCGCGGCCAGGAGGAGGACAACGACAGCACCGAUGGCGAGGUCUGCACCCUGGCCGGGCGCCGCAUGAAGCCCGUCUCCAGCUACAAGCAGCAGAUGCACCAGAUGCAGCUCCAGCAGCAGCAGCUGGGCAAACAGCUGGUGGUGGACAAGCUGAUCAACGUGGCCGCCUACGUGGAGCUGACCUCGGACACGGACGACAGCAGCCGGCGCUCGGACACGCCGGCGAAGAUCAGUGCCAUGUUCAUCGACGAGGAGCGCAAGGCCAGCUUCAAGGCCGAUCCCAGCCAGCAGGCCAAGCCGAAGUCGCUCCAGAUGCCGGUGCAGGUUCAGGCAAAGCCCGUCUCCGCGCCCUUGUCCCUGCAGCGGGCCUAUGAGCCGAAGCGGGAGGCGCCCAAGUCGCAGACCACAGCCGAACUGCGCGAAAAGUUCGAGAGGAGUGCAGCGGCAGCCGCGGUCCAGGCCCCGACACUCCACAAGAUGCACACGCCACUGCACCCAGCGGUGGCCGCAGCGAAGCCACACCACGAACGCUUCUCCUCGCUCGACUCGCUGGCCUCGAGCUCCUCCGGCGUGAGCUCCACCACACAGAACGUCAGCACCACCCAGGAGACGGCGACGGAGUUCGGCAGCUUCUCCUCGCUGGGCAGCAACCAGAGCCUGAUCACGGCCCAGGACGUGCAGCAGAUUGUGGAGGAGGCCGAUCCGCCGCUGAAGAGCCCCGAGGCCUUCAUCAUUGUCCUGCAAAGAGAUAACCCGGAGAGCAGCAUUGGCAUCACCCUGGCCGGUGGCUCCGACUACGAGGCUAAGGAGAUAACGAUACACAAGAUCCUGAGCAACACGCCAGCGGCCAAGGAUGGACGCCUGAAGAAGGGAGACCGCAUCCUGGCCGUAAAUGGGAUGAGCAUGCGGGGCCUGACGCAUCGGGAAUCGAUCAGCGUGCUCAAGACACCCCGUCCGGAGGUGGUGCUGGUCGUCACCCGCUCCGAGUCGCUGAUUGUGAAGGCUCUGAACAAGAAACGCUCCUCGCUGGGCUCGCUGAGCUCCCUCAACGAGAAGCCGACGGAUCUGGAGUACGAGCGAAAGCGCAACUACCACAAGGCCUCCCGAUCUCUGGACUUGGACCUGGACAUCGUGUCCAAUGAGGCGGAGUCUGGAGGCGGCGACUCGCCAGUGGGUACGACGCCCAGCCCCAGCACCGGGUCCAGCAGUCCCCAGCAGCCGGCCAGUCUGCAUGAUGAUGACGCCGAGGCCACCAUCGCUGGCAUUCGUGCACGACGUCAGCUCUCCCGCGGAGACGCUGCUAAGCUGAGCACCAGCGAGCUGCUGGAGCGGGCGGCCGAGGCACGGAACGCCAUUGCAGCAGAGAUACGGGCACAGGCAGAGGAUGUGGCGGCAAGUGGAGCUGGAGCUCGGUGCGUGGAGAUUGUCAAGGAUAGCUGUGGACUGGGCUUUUCUAUUGAAGGAGGCUUCGAUUCGCCGCUGGGAAAUCGACCGCUCAUUGUCAAGAAGGUGUUCAUGGGCGGUGCUGCCCAGAAGACCAACCAGGUGCGCAACGGAGACGAGAUCCUGAGCAUCAAUGGUGCCUCAACGGCGCGGAUGACGCGCGUCGAUGCCUGGAACUACAUGAAGCAACUGCCUCUGGGGCCGGUCAAGAUCAGCUUUGCCUGAGAUGGACACAAACGAAAAGGAGAAGUGGAAGGAGAAGGAGAAGAAUGCGCCACAAUUUUUGUUAGUUCUAAGUUGAUAGUAGUUUGGAUACGAUACGACACCCUAAUCCUGGUGGAUGGUCUAACCAUUAGGGUCUUGCCAAUCAAUGUAGUGCACCUCCGACCGAUUUGUUUUGCAUUUAAAAGAACUUUUAAGCGUAUGCUUAAUUGCAUAUACAUACGUACACACGCAUACACAUGCAUACAUAUAUAUAUUCUUAAUUUAAAGUGCAAUUGUUUAAACUCGUUCAAUUUCAAUGCGGCUGCAUUAACCACCGCCCUAUAUAUACGCUGAUAAUAUCGAUGAUUGUACAUAUACAUAUAUAACUAAUCGAAACUAAUUUACGUAUUUAAACAUAAAAAUCGUGACACGAGGGGACUAAGAAGCAAACUUUGUAGCAGCGCUAUUUCCUUAUAUACAAUAUUACAUUAAUCCAAUCCACAAGCAACACAAAAAAUAACAAAACCGACAAAAAAAAAACAAUUAUAUUUUAUGCCAUAAAUUAUACGGGAACGUUAUAUAUGUAUACUAUUUCUAAUAAUUAUUAUAUUAUGUAUUUAAACAAAAGCAAAACAAAACCCAUGUUUAUGUAUACAAA